AUGAAGCAGACGAAGAUUGAUCCCUACCAACUUCCGGCGUUAUUUAGGCAAUUCUACGAAAUGAUAAAGGCAAUUACGCUCAGGACGCAAUUCAGACACAGGCGGAUCCUUAAUUCUUUUACAGUAGGGACAGUCGCAGAAGAAUGUAUUAUGCAGUGUUCAACUAAGAAUUUACUCUUAGCUAAAGAUCUGCCCGAAUCAUACACAACAUUUAGGAAAACCGAUAGUGAUGAAAUCAACGAAUUGUCCUAA